AUGCCGUACGAGGGUCUCGACCACGAGCCCAACCCCGACGAUGUCGCUGUGUGGAUAUCAAAGACACUCAUAAUUAGGUUCACUACGGUGGAGAUGCACCAAAGUGACCGGGUGAAACUACAAUUUGGGAUGCAUCAGGAUAUUCCAGAUGCUCCAGUAGACUUGGGGAAGUGGCAUCAAAAGCGGGUAGACGCACAGUGGAGUUUGAGUGAUUGGAAAGAGUUUGGAAAGGACUUGCGUAUACAUUGGAAAAGAAGAAGACAAUACGUCUUAACCGACCAUAUUGUGCACGGGGCUAGGCCAAGUCUUCAAUAUAUGACUUGGUUUAGGUCUGUCACGACAUCUCAGUCUUUCCUGUCCCAGCCAACCUAUUUGGCCGACCCAAGGGAACGCGGUUCUUCGUCAAACCCACAACAACAGUUCAGUGCUCAAAACCAGCCUUACGAAAACCCAUACAUGCCAACAAAUACCCCCUAUCAACAACGACAACCUUACAUACCACCCAUCCAAUCCCAGCCUCAACCACCUUACCAUUACAGCCCUGAUACGUCUUUUGAGCCUACCCCUUCCACCUAUAGCCCAGACCGCUCAUUUGACCCUACCCCCUCCAACUACCUCUCCAAGUACCCUUCCAACCACCCACUAUUUGACUACCACACCACACAACAACCAACACACCUAGACCAACCCAAUUCCAUGUACACAUUCGGACAACCAUACCGUCCAUACUCCACCCAACCUCCCCGACAAUCCUUCGAAAACAUGGACAUUGGACCUCCCAGCUAUUGGGGUCAAAUGAUGCAAACUCUAUCUGAUACGUCGGGGCCGUCCCAACCAUACCCUCCUCCACAACUCAACACACAGAGACCGGACACACCACAACAACCUCGUCGCAACACGCAUCCCCCACAAUGUGGCACCGAUGGUUACUUAGAUAGAGCCGGUCAUUAG